AUUUCCCCGGGCUUGAGUUUGUUUAUAUGCUGUUCCAUGUUGAAUAAAAGACCAGCUUUAUAUUUGUACACACCGCCUUGGACUCCCGUCUCUCGGAACUUCAAUGGCGAUCAAUAUUGAGAAGGAAAAUUCAGUUAAAUCACUCAAAGAAACCGCUUUUGAGGGGAGGACACUGGAGGGAAAGCUGAGAGUAAAAAAUCUUGGUCCUGAUCGGCCCGACAUCGCCAUUAGGCAGGAGUCAAAGGACAGACGUAAGCAUUUUCAUCGCUGUUUCUCAAGGAGCUGGUUUAUCAAAAAGGCUUGGCUAACUGGCUGUAGCGACACCAACACUUUAUUUUGCUUCCCCUGCCUCCUUUUCCGGACUUCUAGAUCAGACCUAGCAUGGACUCAGAAAGGUGUUAAUGACUUAAAACACCUAUCAGAGAAAGCAAAAAAGCAUGAACAAAGUAAAGUCCACAUGGAAAAUGCCAUGCAACUAGCCAUGUUUGGAAGAGUAAACAUAGCUGUCCAACUCGACGAAGACUACAGGAUAGGUAUCCGUAAGCAUAACGAGGAGGUGGACAAAAACCGGCACAUCCUUUCUAAAAUAAUAGACUGUGUCAAGUUCUGUGGUGCCUUUGAGCUUGCCCUGCGUGGACAUGACGAGAGUGAAAGCUCAGAAAAUCCUGAUAUUUUUAGAGGGUUGGUGGAUUUUGUUGCAUCACUGGAUGUGGUUCUAAAAGAGCAUCUGCAGACUGCCACUGUGUUUAAGGGAACAUCUAAGACAAUACAAAAUGAGCUCCUUGACUGUAUGCUAUCAGUUUUGAGAGAGUGCAUUUUGGAAGAAAUCAGGAGUGCAGACUUUGUCUCCAUCCAGGUUGAUGAAACAAUGGACAUUUCCACUCAGUGUCAACUCGUCCUUGUGAUCCGUUACAUUGACAAAGCCCAUGAUGUGCAAGAGAGGUUUUUUGAGUUUAUAUCUCACCAGAGUGCCACAGCUGAUUCCAUUGCCACCGCGCUUCUGGAUAGGUUGAGCUCCAUUCUCCCCAUUGACCAGAAGAGCAAGCUCAUUUCCCAGGCAUAUGAUGGGGCAAGUGUCAUGAGAGGAACCACAGGUGGUGUGCAGAAGAAGGUUCAAGACGUCUAUGUGAAUGCACACUAUGUCCACUGCUAUGCUCACCAACUAAACCUCAUCAUGCAGCAGGUGACAUCUCACAUCACCAGAGUGAGACAGUUCUUCUCUGACCUGGGUGGAAUCUCUGGUUUCUUUGCUAGAUCUCCCAAGAGAACCAAUGUGCUCGAUAAAGUGGUGGCCCACAGACUCCCAACAGCAUGCACGAUGAGGUGGAACUUCCACAGCUGUACUGUGAAGACUGUGUUUGAGCACAAAGAUGACCUCCUCCUGUGUUUUGAAACCAUCAGGGACUCCGGCGAGUUUGAUCCUAACACUACGAGAGAAGCUGGAGGCUUUGUGAGAAUACUGGAGGAUGAUACCUUCCGCUUCUUCCUGGAACUGUUCCAUCGCAUCAUGCCACAUGUGGAUGUUCUCUACAACCAGCUCCAGAAGCGGACCGUCAACUCAGUCUUUGUUCAGGGAAUCAUGCAGGAGUUCACGGACAACGUUAAAAACAUCAGAGAUUCCCUCCCUACUUUCUGUGGAGAACACAGCAGCUGUGCAUCUCAGCAGCAGCUGGGCAAGAAACGGCGCACACUGGGCCCAGGUGAACUUCAGAUGCUCGCUACAGAGGUUUGUGACACUAUCUUGGGCCAUACCAAACAGCGGUUCUCCUUCACCAAGCACCUGAUCAGUGCUACACUGCUGCAGGGAGACAAAUUCCAGCAGUACAACUGCCAUUUUCCUGAAGAAGCACUGGACUCCACGAUGGAGGCUUACCCACUGCUGAACCAGAGCAAGCUGAAAAACGAACUGUCACUCAUCUACAGCAACGAUGAGUUCAAGAACUGCAGGGGUGCUGUGGCUCUCUACCAGCUCUUCAUGCAGAACAAUCUUCAGGACACCUUUUCAGAGACUGUGGCACUGCUGAAGAUCCAGAUCACCACUCCCAUGACCACAGAUGAAUCUGAGAGGUGCUUCUCAACGCUGAAGAGAAUCAAGACCUUCCUCAGGAACACAAUGUCCCAGGAUCGUCUCAAUGCCUUGGCCAUGCUUUCUAUGGAGAGAAAACUUGUGAAAGACAUCCCUGACUUCAACCACAGAGUCAUGGACAAAUUUGCGUCCCUCAAGGGCAAAAUUUAUGUACAGAAAAUAGGUGCAGUUUUGGUAUAGUCCCACCUGGAAAAAGAUGCAACAGCCGAUGUUCAGUAUCUUUGAGUGAAAAGUCUCGUCAUCUAUUGGAUAGAUUUGUACACACAUUCAUUUACCAUUCAGGAUUCAUUGCUUAAGUGAUUCCUAAUCCUUUCAUUUGGCGUCAUCCAUGUCAAAAUUUCUAUUGGUCCAUUAUUUAGUUUUGACCAGAUACCUGUAGUUCCCAGGGUCCUCGCUGUAAGUGAAUGGUUAUUCAAAUGUGAUUCUAAUUGUUGAAAUGGAUUAAGCCUCUUUGGUAAUACCAGUCUGAAGUCAGGGAAACAGUCUAUCCUGCACAUUUGAGGCAUCAUGUUUGAAGUCGUGGAUCAAAGGCCUUAAGAUGUAUUUGGAACAUUUGGACAUUUGAUGUAGGGAAAAAAGCAAGGAUGAGGACAUACAAAUGUUUCUCAGUCAUUUGUCUUAUUAUGAGGACAUUUAACUGCGGAAUAUAGGAACCUGCAAACAUACGCUUGAGUGCUACAUAGCACGCUAAAAUCUGAAAAUGCACUGCAUUGUGAUACUGUUUCGGCACAUCUGUGGGAAUUCUGUGUUGAACAAGAACAUUCAUAAAAACAAUUUUGAAAAGAAAAUGGGAAACGUUGUAACAUAUAAUGCUAAACUUAAGAAUGUUAGAAUCCUUAUCAGCUAUUAGCAUGCUGACAUUAGCAUUUUCCUAACUUCACCACUGUGCCUAAGUACAGAUCUGUUAGCAAGGCAGUAGCGUUUGCUUAAAGCAGGCUAAUAUGUCCUCAAUGAAAUCUUAAUUCCUCUGUAGUAUUCUUAUAUCUCAGACAAUACCAAGUAGUGAGAGAUAGAGGAAGAAAGAAAAUGUCAAAGCCUUCUAUGCUGUAGGCUUAGCGGUUGUAUUUAAAAGAACAGGAAGCAACUCUUGGGUUUCAUGUUUCAAGGAAUUUACAUUGCUCUUUUUUACCAAAAACCUUUAUUCAAAACCACACCAUGAUCCAAAGCAUAACAAAACAAAAAAGAGUGCUAUGUUAAAUUGCAAUGUCUUUACUAUGUAAAAGUGUACGACUUUAAAAGGCACUGUGGUCCCUUGCCAGUCAGGUAUAGAGCUUGUAGAGACUUGGCACAGCCUAGCAACAGGAACAACUCCAUUAAUCGCACUCUCGUACAGAAGUUGUAUAACCAUGGUCAAUUAAACUAUAAACAUCCUUUCAUUUAUUACAUGUACAGUAAAGCCAUCAUGGAAUGCAUCAUCACUUCUGGCACGCUCCUUCAACACACUAUACAUGCGGAACAUAAGUCUCCGAUAAAGACAUGUAACAUUUACCAUUCUCAUGCACACUAAAUCCUGUAAUUUAGAUAAGGCAUUGUCUAAUGUUGCUGACCACUAUGAUUCAAAAACAAACCUCUGACCCUCUCUUCAUUUCGGGUCUUGGUUGAGGUGAAUAUGGUAAAUAGUUUACUUAUAGAUAUCACCAUGAAACUUACCUAAUUUUGAUGGAACACCCCUAAAAGAUAUGUCUUGUACAUU